AUCUGCUGAUAACAGUGACAAGAAAGUUGCACCCUUUGACCCAAAACUCAUGCUGCCAUUUCUGAAAUUUCUCUCAGGAGAGAGUAUUGAAGUCAAAACAAAAAUGGUAGAGAACUUGGGCAAAAUUUUCUCUCAUAUGACGUUCAAAGGGAGCAAGAAUGCUGCUAUAACUUUUUUGACCUCCUGCUUGGAUCUGAUAGAGGACCCUGAGUAUAAUAUCAGACGGACCUUCAGUCAGAUGAUUGGCCAGGUGAUAUCAGGAGACAUAACUGAAUGUUCAAAGUCAACCACAGACCAACUUAUUUUUAACCGGGUCAAGGAGGCGUAUUCCCGCGCUCGAGCGGAUGGUGAUGCACAACUCCAGGAGACUAUCCUGCUGACCUCGGGCAACCUCGGCAAAGUAUCCGAGGGGGACAGACUGCUGGUGGUUGUGAUUAACCUCUUGGAGAGUAUGCUGUCUCAGGCCCCACUUGUGGCUGCCACGGCAUACCUCCUGCUUCAAGAGCUGGCCAAGAGCAAAGACAUGAAGAUGCAGACUUUGUUUAUGAGAUUCCGACAGCCAGUGUGUCAGUUCUUGGCAAACGCGAUGCAUGAUGCCCAGGAGGAUAGCAGAGGAAAAGGUGCCCAGCACAUCCUACAGGAAGUCACUAAUGUCUUGGACUUUCCAGAUCUCAAAUCAUUUAUACAGGUCUCUAAGAAAUAUUUGCUACCAUACCUUGUGAGCAAGGCGACCCAGACAGCCUCUAACAUCAUCAAGAUACUGGCCACUGCUAUGGGGGCAAAGAAUCGUAAGUUGAUCCUGAUAAACAACACACAGUACAUCUUCUCAUGCUUGGUGAGGUCGUGUCAUGGUGCAGAGUUAGAGAAGGCUCUACAUUUUCUACAGAAAGAGACAGACUUUGAGCUCGGUUCCCUUCUGCGUUUACGUUUCCAGCAGGUACACAAUGAGCUACUGCUGUACCUUUGUGCAAACUAUCAACAGGUUUUCCAGGGUCUGAGGAUGCUGGCAUCACAUGACAAGGAACCCAGAGAAAUCAACACCUCCAAUGAAAUGGCCGAUUUCCUUCAGCCCCGCCUCCUCGGCUUCCUGGCUUACUUUGAUGUCCAGUUGGCAGAUAAUCAUGUCCCCAUAGAGGACAAGAAACUGGCACUGGAAAGCCUGAUAUCAAUUAUGAGGCUGAUGGGGGUGAAACAUAUCACACCUGUAAGGCUAAAAGUGAUCACCACGCUCAGGCGGAGUUUAGAACUGACGGAGGAGGGUUUCCCUGAAAUAUCCUGUCGAGCCUGGAACUGUUUUGUCAGAAGUGUGGAUUACCCGUCCCUGGGGCCUCUCCUCUCACAGAUCAUUGCUGCCCUCUUGUCCCUCAUUCAGACACUCCCCCGACAAAUUGCUGACAUAUUUAACUUUCUGAUUGUUGAGAACAGGAAAGUUCUCCAUGGGCAUUUUCAUGAGAUAUACUUUCUGCCAGAAAUACCAGAACUGUCUGAUGCUAAUAUGGUUCUCAAACAGUACACAGAGGGACCCUCGAGCCAAUCAGAUGUGAGAUCUCAAAUCACUCAUUUCCUGAAGGGUGUGACGCACGAGAAUCUGGACAUCCGCCUUCAUGCGCUGUCUAAGCUCCGACUGCUGCUACAACAACAUCAGUCUGCCAUUCACAAGCUGAUCAUCGGGAAUGAGACAGCCGACCCCAUCAUAUCACAGCUGGUUUCCGUGUUGUUGACAGGAUGCAGGGAGUCCGAUCAGAGAGCCCAGCUGCUGUAUGCAGAGUGUCUGGGGGAGUUAGGUGCCAUAGACCCAGGCAGACUGGAUUUGGCUGCUAACAACCCAAAACAGGACAGUGCUCAUUUCCAUGCCAGUGUGGAUGAUGACAACUUUGCCUUUGAUCUGAUCAAUGAUGUCACUCGGGCAUUCCUUGCGGCGACAGAGCCAGAUGUUCAGAACUGCUCAGCACUGGCUCUGCAGGAACUGUUACAGAUUUAUAACAUUGGAGUAGAUAAGGAACCAGGAUCUUCGGGACAUAAACUGUGGAGACGUUUCCCAGAGCAGACCCAGGAGAUACUGCUGCCACUCCUCAGCUCCAGAUAUGUCCUACAAAGCAAUCAGGACUGGUCAAAACUGGAGAAGCCCAUCUACAUGAGUAAGAAAGGGUCAAAGUUCAAGGACUGGGUCACCAUAUGGACAGGAUAUCUCACGUCAAAGGUGACGGAGGACAAGGCGAGGAAGGUGUUCCUGUCUUGCGCUGCCCAGAUCAAACAAGACAUUCACAUCACGCUGUACCUACUGCCCCAUGUUGUUCUCUACGUGCUGCUAGAUGGAACUGAGGAUGACAGGACAGAGUUAUACACAGAAAUCUUGGAAGUGAUCAGUCAGGUGAAGAAACCAGAAACUCGCCAUGGCAGUGCUUCAGACUUCCGCCACAUGAGUGCGCAGACAGUGUACUCCAUCUUCGAUUACCUGAACAAGUGGCGACAGCGGAGAGCACAAGUGAUCGCAGCUAAGGCUGGCAACACCAAGGGAGACCCCGCCUACUUGUCUGAUGCAAGUUAUCAAGCUGUCAGUCAGUUUCUGGGCGGCAUCCCAUUGGAGGGACUGUCAGAAGCCUCGUUUAACUGUAAAGGUUAUACAAGAGCACUAAUGUACUUUGAGCAUUACAUCACGAGCACCAAGCAGGAUUUACAGGAGCACCUGGACUUUCUACAGCAACUUUAUGCCUCUAUGGGAGAGGCUGACGGAGUUCAGGGUGUAGCAGCUCUUCGUCACUCCCAGGCCACACUUCACGAGGAGAUCCUUGUCCAUGAAUGCACAGGUCAGCUGACAUAUGCCUUGGCAUGUUACGAGAGGGCCAUACAGUUAGAGGCAUCAAACAUCAGCCUUCAUCAGGGAUUGCUGAGGAAUUACAUGGAUCUGGGUCAGCAGAGUACAGCACUGGUACAAGUCAGUGGUAUACUGGCAGAGAGACCUGGCUGGGUAGAUGAACUAAACUCUUAUCGUGUGGAGGCAGCCUGGAAACUAGGCAGUUGGAGCAAGCUGGAAACUUUCUGUACACAGGAGAAACAGAGGACAGGCUGGUCUGUGGGACUGGGCAGGGUUCUCUUAGCUGCCAAACACAGGGAUGAGGAGGAGUUUUUUCAGCAGUUAAAGUCUCUGCGAGGAGAGCAGAUGGGACCCUUGUCUGCAGCCAGCAUGGAGAGUGGGUCAUACCAGAGAGGAUAUGAGAACAUCACAAGGUUACAUAUGUUGAAUGAGCUGGAGCAGGGUCUGAAGUCUCUAGCAGGUUUCCCGUCCGUCACCCCUGACUCCACAUUCACAGCCACGCCCAGACCAGAGUUGCUCAGACAGUGGGAGGCCCGUCUCAGCAUGGCACAGUGUUCAUUUCGCACCCAAGAGCCCAUUCUGACUCUGAGGAAGACGCUGUUCUUGUUAACCCAAGAUAAAGAUGACCAUCCGAUGAUGGACUUGGAAACAGGCCGAAUUUGGCUGAGGAUUGCUAAAGUUGCCAGGAAGGCUGGUCAUCUGCAGACAUCAUACAGUGCUAUGCUCCAGGCCAGUAACUGCAACUUGACCCUGUUAUGUCAGGAAAAAGCCAAGCUCCUUUGGACAAAGGGAGACCAUGACCAAGCCUUGGCCACAUUAGAAGCUGGGAUUGCUGAGAACUUUGGGAAUGCCAGUGUUCUCAAGGUUGACCAGUCCCCUGAGGGGAAGACAAAGCGGUCAGAGUAUGCCAGGGCCCUCUUGCUGUUUGGAAACUACAGCGAGGAGACAUCCAGCAUGGAAAGUAAUGCCAUCAUGAAGCAGUACAAGGAUGUGAUAGAGGCUAACAUGGAGUGGGAAGAUGGCCACUUCUAUCUGGCCAGAUACUACGAUAAAAUCAUGACCACGCUGAUUGACGAGCGAGACCGGCCGGAGAAACAGGGAGAGUUCACGAUCUACGUGGUUCGGUACUUCGGCCAGUCUCUGAGGUACGGCAGUCAGUACAUUUAUCAGUCCAUGCCCCGACUGCUCAGUUUAUGGCUGGAUUACGGUUCAAUGGUGGUUGACGCAGAGAAGAAAGAAAAGGGAAAGUCGAGUCAGAAAUUACAGACACAGAGGACUAUCCUGGACAGGCUGAACAAGAUUAUCUCCAAUCUGAGACAACAGUUGGCUCCAUAUCAGCUGUUUACCACUCUUCCACAGCUCAUAUCUCGUAUCUGCCAUGCCCAUCCAGGUGUUUCGGCUGAACUUCAGGAGAUCAUUGCAGCUCUGUUGGUGGCAUUUCCUCAGCAGGCCAUGUGGAUGAUGAUGGCAGUGUCAAAGUCUUCAUACCACAUGAGAGUCAAACGAUGCCAGGAAAUAUUUGCCAAGGCCAAGGAUAAAAACCGAGAUUUGCCUAAAUUCAUUCUGGAUGCGACUAAGCUAACAGAGAAGUUACUGGAGCUCUGUGAGAAAGAAGUGCCUAAAAUGAUGUCCACUCUGAGCAUGACUCAGCACUUCCGACCGCUGAGGAGGCUUCUAGAAGACAGCCAGUUUAGUUCUAUCCUGAUGCCCCUUCAAGACGCCAUGACAGUGACAUUGCCCAGUGGCAACGAGAGCCUGGAAAAUCAUGAUCCAUUUCCAGGACAACAGAUCUAUAUCGAUGGCUUUGAGGACACAAUUGAAAUUUUGGCUUCACUGCAAAAGCCCAAGAAAAUUACAAUGAAAGGAAGUAAUGGACGUCUGUAUGUCAUGAUGUGUAAGCCAAAGGAUGACCUCAGGAAAGAUUGCCGUUUGAUGGAGUUUAACGGAAUUGUCAAUAAAUUCUUGAGGCGAGAUCCAGACUCCAGGAGGAGACAACUCCACAUUCGUACUUAUACUGUUGUGCCCCUGAAUGAGGAGUGUGGCCUGAUAGAAUGGGUGAACAACACCAGCGGACUGCGCUACAUCCUGAUCAAGCUCUACCGUGAGAAGUGUCUGUACAUGAGUGGUAAAGAGCUACAGGCCUGCAUGCCAACACUUCACUCCUCUAUAGACACAAAGCUGGCCAUUUACCGGACAAAGCUGUUAGUACGUCACCCUCCCGUGUUCAGUGAAUGGUUCCUGAGGACUUUCACUGAUCCCACAUCCUGGUACAGCGCACGUCUCUCCUACACCCGUACAACAGCCGUCAUGAGCAUGGUGGGGUACAUUCUGGGCCUGGGCGACAGGCAUGGAGAGAACAUCCUGUUUGACUCCACCAAUGGGGACUGCGUCCAUGUCGACUUUAACUGCCUCUUUAACAAGGGGGAGACAUUUGAGUGGCCAGAGAGGGUGCCCUUCAGACUGACACCCAACAUGGUAGAGGCCAUGGGCCCCCUGGGAUAUGAGGGUCUAUUCCGCCAGGCAUGUGAGGUCACCCUCAGGGUCAUGAGGAACCAGAUGGACUCCCUCAUGAGUGUGUUGAAGCCAUUUGUGUAUGAUCCCCUGGUUGAAUGGAGCAAGCCAGCCAGAGGACGGUCAAAUCCUGCAGACUCAGGGGAGAUAACCAAUGAACAGGCAAUGACCCAUGUACUGAAUAUAGAGCACAGGCUGAAGGGAAUCCUCAAAUCCAAGACCAAACCCCGUGGAUUGCCUUUAUCUAUAGAUGGACAUGUCAACUAUCUCAUUAAGGAAUCUACAGAUGAGAAGAACCUGUGUCAGAUGUAUAUAGGGUGGGCAGCUUAUCUGUAGUCUGUUUCAAGAGGCAUUCCAUCAUAUGGAUGUCAUGUACCAAAAGACAUUCCAUCAAGCCAGGCUUGGUGUGUUGUGGUUGAGGGAUGGACCACCAGUAUAGAUGACAACUAUAUCCUGUACCAAGAGAUAUUCCAUCAAGCCAAGCUUGGUGUGUUGUGGUUGACGUAUGAACCACCUGUAUAGAUGACAACUAUAUCCUGUACCAAGAGACACUCCAUCAAGCCAAGCUUGGUGUGUUGUGGUUGAGGGAUGGACCACCUGUAUAGCUGACAACUAUAUCCUGUACCAAGAGAUAUUCCAUCAAGCCAAGCUUGGUGUGUUGUUGUUGAUGGAUGGACCACCUGUGUAGAUGACAACUGUAUCCUGUACCAAGAGAUAUUCCAUCAAGUCAAGCUUGGUGUGUUGUGGUUGAGAGAUGGACCACCUGUAUAGAUGACAACUAUAUCCUGUACCAAGAGAUAUUCCAUCAAGCCAAGCUUGGUGUGUUGUGGUUGAGGGAUGGACCACCUGUAUAGAUGACAACUAUAUCCUGUACCAAGAGAUAUUCCAUCAAGCCAAGCUUGGUGUGUUGUGGUUGAGGGAUGGACCACCUGUAUAGAUGACAACUAUAUCCUGUACCAAGAGACACUCCAUCAAGCCAAGCUUUGUAUGUUGUAUCAGUGGAUUGCUGAUCUGGAUGUUAGGUGUACAGAUAAAUCACCUGACUGAUUUAUUGUACUUGAUUAUGGAACCAGACGUGCUAUAGAUGAUGUAGAUACUUUUGUGUGUCUUUCUGAAAGGCUGGGCAGAAAGAUUAUAUUUGUAGAGAUUAAUGUAGUCAUAACUGAGUCAAUGCUUGUUGAACCAAAAACAUGUCUACAUCACUAUAGUAAGGCUGGUAAAACGAGAUUAAAAAAAAUUACAGAAUUAUAUUUUGAGAUAGUCUUUACUGAAUCAAGGCUGCUAAAACCACAAACAGGUCUAUAUCACUGCAGUAAGGCUACUAAAACCAGGGGGAAAAUGGCAGCAAGAAGUAUAUGUUGAGAUAAUCUUUACUGAAUCAAGGCUGCUAAAACCACAAACAUGUCUACAUCACAGCAAUAAGGCUGCUAAAACCAGAAAAAAAAAUGGCAGUUAGAAUUAUAUGUUGAGAUAGUCUUGACUGAGUCAAGGCUGCUA